AUGAGAUUAGAGAAGUGUUGGUUCUGCUCCUCAACCAGCUAUCCAGGGCAUGGGAUUCAAUUUGUUCACAAUGAUGCAAAGAUCUUCCGAUUUUGCCGAUCCAAAUGCCAUAAGAACUUUAAAAUGAAGAGAAAUCCUCGCAAGGUGAAAUGGACCAAGUCAUACAGGCGAUUGCACGGGAAGGAUAUGACACAGAAUUCGACCUUUGAGUUUGAGAGGAAGUGCAACAGGCUCGAGAGAUAUGAUAGGAAUAUCACAGAGAACACACUGAAGGGGUAUUUGGCCAUUAAGAAGAUUGACAAAAUCAGAGUGGCUAGAGAGGCUAGACAUCAUGAUAUGAGGAUGAGAGGUAAGAAAGCCAUCGUGCGGCAGGCAGCAGCCAUGGAGUUGGAGCAGAGUAUUCAUUUGGUCAAAGCACCUGCUGCCCUCCAAGAGGAUCCAUCCUUCACUCUUCGCAAGAUGAAAGUAAAGAUUUCUCAAUCACAGAUGGAGGAUCGCAUGGAAAAAUAAUGAUAAUUCAGGCAAUCCUCUCACAUAGCGGCAUAGAAAACUCAAUUCAACACCUUUUUAUGCUAUGGUUGAUAUAGUAAUGGUGCCUGUGGUUAG